GCAGCGUCACUAAAUUCUGUUUUGCUUCCGCGUAAAUCGUUCGCUCUUGGUUUCAUUUGCGUGUUGUGAAGUUUUCUGACGUUUUUAUUUUAUCUAAACAGUUUCUGUACUCAAACACAUCACCAUUCUGCUGUAAUAAGAUCUAAAUCAUGGGCAGCAUCGAUAAAGCUCGGUUUUUGUUGUCGAUAUUUGCUGUUCUGCUGAUCUGUGACGCAUUUACUGGAAUAACAUCAACUAACGCGGCUGCUACUAAAGUACCACCACCAGCUCCAACAAUCCGUCCACCUGUCCGCAAACCAUGUAACACUUUGACAUCCUGUGAGACCUGCUUGACAAAUGUUUCAUGUUUGUGGUGUCAGACCAACAAAUCGUGCACAGAUUAUCCAGUGUCCUAUGUGAUCCCACCGAGCUCAGUUUGUAAACUGUCUCAGGCCCGCUGGGGUGUUUGCUGGGUGAAUUUUGAGGCACUGAUCAUUGCUAUGGCUGUGGUUGGUGGUGUGCUGCUGCUGGCCAUCACUGUGUGCUGCUGUUGCUGCUGUUGUUGCAAAGGCAACCGCCCUCCAAGGAUUGAUCGUGAAGAGGAGCAGUACGCCAGAAGAAGAGAAGAGAUCCGACAGAGGUCAGAAGAACGGAAGGCAGAGAGGAAAACAAAGCAUGAUCAAAUUCGCAAGAAGUAUGGUCUCAUUCCAGAUUCUGAUCAUCCUUACAGCAAGUUUGACAACGAAUGAAAUGUUCAGCAGUGGAAAACCCUUCAGCAGAUUCUUUAAAGAAAUAUUUCUGAGUGGAUUACUGUACUGUAGGUUAGCUCAAGUUUGGAGAUUAUCAAUACUGAUAUUACCUUGUUAACCCUUUCAUUGGUUAGUUACCUAUCUCUCUCUCUGAUCUGAUUUGAUAUUUUAUCACAUUAAACGUAACGGCAUCACAUUUUAAUGCAUGAGACACAAACGAUGAAAAUGGACAAAAUGGCUGUGAUUUGUUUUCUUUUUGUUUUUCAGAGCAAAGAAGCGAUUAUAAGAGAAGUUCACCCAGAAAUGAAAACUGUUAUUUAUUCCUUCUCAUGUCAGUCCAAACCCAGGUCUUGUCAUUUUAUCUGAGCUAUUUUUGAUUUGUAUAAUCACGUUAGGCUCAAAACAAAACUAAACACAACAUAAAUGUAUUCAACAUGUAAUUCAUUCGUAGUCACAAAUUUUUAGACACUCCUGAAAAUCUAUCAUCUUUUUUGUGUUCAAGUUCCCUUUUUUCCAUGUAUUCAAAUAUGUGCACAUGUUAAGUUACGAUGAAUUAACUAAUAUUUUAAUAUAAACUUCAAACAAAUCUGCUAUACAAUAAUGUACAUAUUAGUCUGUAUGAUGCUUUCUGAGUGUGAUUGACAUGGAUGCUAUGAGAGAAGAACAGCGUUGUGAUCGUUUCUCCUUUUCUUACAUGGAUAAAAUGAAACAUACGGGUUUUGAAAGACAUGACACUGGAUAGACUAAUACAGAAUUUCUCAUUUUUUGGGUGAAUUUUUCUGUAAAAUUUUUCUUUUUGAGAUUGUAAGAUUAGGUCAUUGAAACCAUUGUUUUAAUUCACUUUUGCUUCUGUGACUUAUUGUAUUUAUAAUGCGUGUUCUUAUCAAAACAUAUUUGCUAAUAAAAACAAGCUUCUACUUUUAAAAGAUAUAA